GUACAUUUCCGUCCGUUACUUUCAUUACUAUUGUACAUGUUUUCAGUUGCGAUGGUUUUGGAUUGUGUGUGCGGUUGGAAGGAUGAUGAAAUACUAAGAUUAAUAAUAUAAUUUGAUUUAAUUCGCUCGGGAUACGAGUUAUGAUUUUUUCUAUGCGACACCGUUGUAACAUGUGUAGCCAACUGUACAGCUGCCUGGUCCGUGAGCGGCUGAGACUUCUAUCGGAGCUGGGGUCUGCACGAAACGGUUACUAAACAAAACGCCGUCGCCGCUACUCAAACUGCAAGGGAGGACGAUUUGUGGUUGAGCGGUAACACGACACCGCCCAGCCCGGGCCUGCUGCCGCACAGUUCCCCCGGAAAGAAACUCUCACAGACCCUCAGCCGCUCCAAAAACCACUUUAAAUAGCUCUUAACUUCACUUCGGGCGACAGGCCAUAAACAACAAGCGAUCUUAUCGGGACGUAUUUCGGAGUGCGUUAACAACUGUAGAGGGACCAGGAUAUCCUGACCUGAACUUUUGGCCAUUAGCAGGAUAGAAGCGACCGACAGCAUGUGGGGGGGACGGCGUGGUGUGGCGACUCUUCUCAUUUUUACGGUCCUCUUAAUACAGGUAGAAAUAAUGGCGACAGAGGUGGACCAAAUAUCACUGAUAGAAAUGAUACAGCAAGAAACCAUAGAAUGUCUGAGGAAGAUCAAUGAAACCUUUCAGCCUAAUGUUACAGGAUACUGUCAUGGCGGACCUGACUAUCUCGGUUCCUGUUGGCCCAAUGCUGCGCCUGGUCAAGUCGUGACGUUACCCUGUCCUCAGCACAUCGCCUUCUUCAACCAUUCCAGAGUGGUGCAGCGCUUCUGUGGAAACGGAAGUUGGAUCAUGAACAGCCUGAAUCAGACCGAAGACUACAGAUCCAGCGGCUGUUAUAUUCCGGAAGACAAGCAGGACAUGACGGACCUGUACACUGUACAGAUCAUCUACACAGUUGGAUACUCCCUGUCCCUGGCGUCACUCACUGUUGCCGCGGGGAUCCUCAUCCGCUUCAGGAAACUCCACUGUAUCCGGAAUUACAUCCACCUGCACCUGUUUGUGUCCUUCAUCCUCCGAGCGGUGUUUAUAUUCAUCAAAGACGCCGUGCUGUUCGGGGGGAUCGGACAACCGACGUACAGCGACUUUAAUGGUGACAGUAAGAUCGGGUGCAAGAUCGUUGUGACCUUGUACAACUACUUCAUCGCUGCCAACUACUUCUGGCUGCUGGUGGAGGGACUCUUCCUGCACUCCCUCAUCGCCGUAGGCUUCUUCUCCGAACGGAAGUACUUCCGGUGGUACAUGGUGCUGGGAUGGGGAACACCUUGGCUGUUCAUGAUCCCGUGGAUUUCAGUCCGAGCAACACUUCAAGACACACGAUGCUGGGAAAUCAAACACCUGCAGUACUGGUGGAUCUACAGGGGACCCAUCCUGGUGUCUGUGCUGGUAAACUUUAUGCUGUUUCUAAAUAUAGUCCGGAUUCUUGCUGUGAAACUACGACAGGCCAACGGAACAAGAGAACAUUCGCAGCAGUACAAGAAGCUGACCCGAUCCACACUUGUGUUGAUCCCGCUCUUCGGUGUCCACUACAUCGUCUUUAUCGGCCUUCCUGAAGACGUCACGGGGCAGGUGAAAUAUGUCAGCUACUUCUUCGACACUUUCAUGAACUCAUUCCAGGGGCUGAUCGUGGCUGUGUUGUACUGUUUUCUAAACGGAGAGGUACAGACGGAGUUGAAGAGAAGAUGGCGGCUGUGGAAGGAAAGCCGAGCUCUGGGAGGACCGCAGCACAUCGCAAUGCCGCACACGACCAUGUCGAUAAUGAGCCGGGCUUCUUCACGUGACAGUCCCGCCAACACUCCCCCGAGAAGCCCUUUGCUUUCACAGAACACACCCCCGAGAAGCCCUCUGACGUCACGGAACACCCCCCGAAAAGACAUCAACAGACGCCUCACGAGUCCCCCCUGCUUAUCAUAACGGAAGCACCGAGUGACAAACAUAACGUUAUGAGUAAACAUAGAGGCAACCUGGAGAAAUAUGCUCCAACGUAAUCAUGUUGCCAGCAUAACUGUACCUGUAAUCAAAUAUCUAUCUUGUGUUACCAGGAAUACCAAAUGAUGCAAAAAAUCAAGUGAUGUAUGAAUUUUUAUUACCCCUCAGAUUUACUAAAAACAAACUCUCAUUUUGAUUAGUAAAUCUAUUCUCUCUAACGUAUCAAUCUAGUAGAAAAAAGCCUAAGAUUAAAUGUUACAUAGAAUCAUUUUCACCUUUCUGUUAUUCAAGGUGAUAGAUCUACAUGUAACAUGAACUAGUGACUGAUUCAAAAUAGUAAAGCAAGAUUCUGAAGGACACAGAUACUCAUAACGUAAUUAAGGUUUGCAGUGUGGUCUACGGUGUUUGAUACCCCUUUAUCAGUAAUAGCAAUUUACUUAAAACCUUUUCAUCAUUUCUGUCAAGAUGGGUGGUUAUUAUGGAGUCAGAUUUCUUUGUAUUCUACGAAAUGGAACAAAGAUGCUAUCCACCACACGUUAUAAAAUGAUUACUCUUAGAUUUUCCAAUGGCAGACAUGUUCGCUAGAGGUGUAAAAAGUCCUUUCCAUCCGAUAUGUACAUGACACAAUAAUGACGGACUAUCCAAUAUACCGUGGCGAUGACAUUGAAGACUAGUCUGUGACAGCCUAUUGAAGAGGUGACGAAUUGGACAGAAAUUACAUAGCCUAUAAUCCGCCAAUAGCUUACGAAGACAUUGUAUAGAUAAAACCAUCCGCAAAAUUAUAGAAACAAGAAACAGCUGAUAUGAAA